CAGAGUUGGAAAGACAUUUGGGCGCCCAUCACGGUGUCGUAUUUCCACUAUGGGGAUGUAGUAAACAUGAAUGACCUCAAGAGCUGAGAAACAAUUCCAUGCAGUAGAAUAAUCAGGACGUGGUUUAUUCAGAGGUGAACACCAACCACAGCUGAGAGAGACCAGGAAGCAGCGGGUUUCUCACCCCAACCCCCACCAGAGGACGCCACCUCUGCCCCAGGCCCAUGGCCUUCUUAUCAUUGCUGAUCCCACUUUGCACCGUGACAGCAAAAGUUGCUCCACCUCAGAUCAUCAGGGAUUACAUCCUCGAGGUUGGGGACCCCUGCCUAACAGCAUCUCCUUCUGCCUGUCUUGCAAAAGGUACCCAGCAAGACUCAGGCACUACAGGCGGGAGCGUGAGAGCAGGUUCGGGUUUACACUGCGGCCGCUUCUCGCAAGCCCUGGAAGCUGAGUGGGUGCGGUGUGGAGCGGGGCGCGGACCUGAACCGAAAUCUGAGCCCAAACAGCCGGGGACACCGGAGUACUGCCGAGGCCGCCAGCACGUUAGGAACUACGAUCUUUCUUUGGGGACAGGGUGCCGAGUCGCGGUCGCCCUUGCCAACUCCGCAUUUGGGUGCCCUCUAGCACCCUGGCUGCCGGGUACCCCGGCUCAGAGGGAACUCGUCGGUGUUGUCCCAGGCCUAGGGCAGGUGCCGCGCGGUAGUCCGGGUCCCCGGGAGGCGUGGCGAGGCCGAUUCCGCUCAGGGCGCGCCCCACCCCUGUCCCGCCUCCAGCUCCGCCCCGGGUCCCGCGGGCUAGUGGGGUGGGGGGAGGACGGAAUUUCCCAGCGCGGGGGCUUGGGCUGUCCCGCAAGCCGGCGGGCUCUUUCUGUUUACGGAGAGAAAGGGGAAAUGGAAAAGGCGGGGAGGCGGCGGCUGGAGUCCGCUGCGCCGCCCCUCGGCCGGCUCAGACGCAGUGACUCAGGGGCCGACGAGGGCGUCUCGGGAGCGCGAGCUGCUCCGGGCUCAUUUGGCAGCUCGGACCUGGACUGCGCGCCACGCUCUGGGGCCCGUCGCCCUGGCUCCCGCUUCUGCUGUCGCCGGGCCUGGGGACCCCGGAGCGCCCGGCUCCCGGGGGCUGCCCACCAGCUGCGAGGAGAGCCGUCGGGGGACCGCGGCGGGAGCGCUCUGCCCGCGGGACCGCGCGGAGGCCGCAGAUGUUUCCCCUUGGAAAUGCAGUAUUCAGGAUUCCGAAGUUUAAAAGGAAGAACGGCGCACAGAUUGUCCCAAAAGUUAACAGACUCUCUGGAGAGCCCAACAGUGAUGGAGUUCAUGAGCACCGGGAGUGACAACAAAGAAGAACUCGAUUUAUUAAUGAAGCAUUUGAAUGUGUCCGAUGUGAUAGACAUUAUGGAAAAUCUUUACGCAAGUGAAGAGCCAGCGGUUUAUGAACCCAGUCUGCUGACCAUGUGUCAGGACAGUAACCACAACGAGGAGGAGCGGUCUGAGUCUCUGCUGCUCAGCGGGCAGGAGGGGCCUUGGUUGUCCUCAGUCAGAUACGGGACCGUGGAGGACUUGCUUGCUUUUGCAAACCACAUAUCCAACACUGCGAAGCGUUUAUACAGACGCCGACCGCAAGAAUCUGGAAUUUUGUUAAAUAUGGUAAUCACUCCUCAGAAUGGACGCUACCAAAUAGACUCUGAUGUUCUGCUCAUCCCUUGGAAGCUGACCUACAGGAACAUUGGCUCCGAUUUCAUUCCUCGGGGGGCAUUUGGGAAAGUGUACUUAGCACAAGAUAUAAAGACUAAGAAAAGGAUGGCAUGUAAAUUGAUCCCAGUAGACCAAUUUAAGCCGUCUGACGUGGAAAUCCAGGCUUGCUUCCGGCACGAGAACAUCGCCGAGUUAUAUGGCGCCGUUCUAUGGGGUGAAACUGUCCACCUCUUCAUGGAAGCAGGCGAAGGAGGGUCUGUCCUGGAGAAACUGGAGAGCUGUGGACCCAUGAGAGAAUUUGAGAUUAUUUGGGUGACAAAACAUGUUCUCAAGGGACUUGAUUUUCUGCACUCAAAGAAAGUGAUCCACCAUGACAUUAAACCUAGCAACAUUGUUUUCAUGUCCACAAAAGCUGUUUUGGUGGAUUUUGGUCUAAGUGUCCAAAUGACCGAAGAGAUCUAUUUUCCUAAGGACCUCCGUGGAACAGAGAUUUACAUGAGUCCGGAGGUGAUCCUCUGCAGGGGCCAUUCCACCAAAGCAGACAUCUACAGCCUGGGGGCUACUCUCAUCCACAUGCAGACGGGCACCCCGCCCUGGGUGAAGCGUUACCCGCGCUCCGCCUACCCCUCCUACCUGUACAUAAUUCACAAGCAAGCACCUCCUUUGGAAGAUAUUGCUGAGGACUGCAGUCCUGGUAUGAGAGAGCUGAUUGAGGCUGCUCUGGAGAGGAACCCCAAUCACCGGCCUAGGGCAGCAGACCUACUGAAACAUGAGGCGCUGAACCCCUCCAGGGAGGAUCAACCCCGCUGUCAGAGUCUGGACUCUGCUCUCUUUGAGCGGAAGCGGCUGCUGAGCCGGAAGGAGUUGGAGCUUCCUGAGAACAUUGCCGACUCUUCAUGCACUGGGAGUACUGAGGAAUCGGAGAUGCUAAAGAGGCAGCGUUCUCUCUACAUAGACCUUGGGGCCCUUGCUGGCUAUUUCAACCUUGUCCGGGGUCCACCGACCCUAGAGUAUGGCUAAUGGCUGGUGGCGUUUGCCCUGAAUUAGAACUCAAUAUUCAUAGAUCUCUGGGAAGCUGAUUCUGCUGACUCUGCACAGGGUCUCCGUCGAGGGAAUUGUAUUUUUAUUGGCUGGGCUCCUCCGACUCAUGAAUGUGACUCCAUGUGACUCCUGUGUGUUGAUGUGUGAAGCUACCCUUGGCCCACUAGGCUGGAAAGUUCUCAUUUCUCAGGUGGUAUGCCUGACUCUAAGGAAGCUGAGAGUUCACGGAAGGAUCAUUUCUCAGUGACUGAUUCCAUCCACUGUGCACUUUGCUCAAAAUUUUAAGAAUACCAAUCACAAGAAUAAUAUAUUAGCCUACAAUGACUGUUCUUGGUUCUAUUAAUAAUUUAACUAAGGGAACUUCUUUUAACUCAGUGUAUAUAUGGUGUAUAUUGGUGUAUAUUGUACAAUAACUCUUCAAGCCUUUGUCUAUAAAUGCUGAUAGAAAUGAAAGUCUUUAUAUUUGGGGUAAAUAGAACAACUUGAAUAUUAUAGCGAUAAGCUGAACUAGUGUCUUAAAAAUGGCUAACCGAUGAAUUGGGAGCCAUGUGACCGCUGCCACUAGUGACAGGUUUGGUUCAGUUCCUAUGGAAACAUUUUGUACUGUACAUGCUAUGCUUCAGACAUUUGAAACAUGAUGUUUUGAAUGUGGAUAAAACUGUGUUAAACCACAUAAUGUUUGUACAUCCCAAAGGAUGAGAAUGUGACCUUUAAGAAAAAUGGAACAUUUAUAAAUUCUUAAUGAUGCUACUUUUAUAAGUCUUACUUCUCUAUUUUCUUGAAAGCGUUUGUAUAUUAAAAUAGCAUACUGUGUAUGUUUUAUAUCAAAUGCCUUCACGAAUCUUUCAUACAUAUAUAUUUUUAACACUGUAGUGUAUGUGAGUAUUCCAAGUAUGUUUUUACAUCAUGCAAAUGAAAAUGAUACUUUUAUCCAACAUGACCUGUCAAAUCAGCUGAAUAAAUUCAGUAUUUUGCCUGAA